AUAAGAUAGGUCGUUGUACUUCCUCUCUAGCUCACUAAAUAUAUACACUUAAGUACAAGAAAUGAGAUAGAGAGAUAAAAGAUUGUGGGGGAAAUGGCGGAAUGGCUGAGAAUUAUGGUGGUGUUGGCUCUCUUGUGGCCAGUGUUGGUAGAAUGCAGAGGCAAUAUCCGUCAUUAUAAAUUCAAUGUGGUGAUGAAAAAUAUAACAAGAUUAUGCUCAACUAAAGCUACUGUAACAGUGAAUGGAAAAUUUCCUGGUCCAACUAUCUAUGCCAGGGAAGAUGAUACCCUACUUAUCAAGGUCGUUAACCAAGUUCAUUAUAAUCUCACCAUCCACUGGCAUGGUGUCAAACAAAUAAGGACAGGGUGGGCUGAUGGGCCGGCUUACAUAACACAAUGUCCAAUACAGCCAGGGAAAAGCUAUGUCUACAAUUUUACAGUCACAGAUCAGAGAGGAACACUAUUUUGGCAUGCACACAUUCUCUGGCUCAGGGCAACUGUCCAUGGUGCUAUUGUCAUUCUCCCUAAGCUUGUUUUUCCCUACCCAUUCCCUAAGCCCCAAAAGGAAAUUCUGAUCAUUUUAGGUGAAUGGUGGAAGUCAGAUGUUGAAGCUGUAAUUGAUGAAGCAACAAAAUUAGGUUUGCCCCCUAAUAUUUCUGAUGCUCACACCAUCAAUGGCCUUCCUGGUCCUCUCUCAACCUGCUUAUCACAAGGGGGAUUCACUUUCCUAGUGGAGCCAGGCAAGAAGUAUUUACUGAGAAUAGUCAAUGCUGCACUGAAUGAAGAACUUUUCUUUAAGAUUGCUGGCCACAAGCUAACUGUGGUUGAAGUAGAUGCUUCCUAUGUUAAACCCUUUAAAACUGAGACCAUUUUAACAACUCCAGGACAGACUACAAAUGUCAUUUUAUCAGCUGAUCUUGAAAGUGGCAAAUACUUAAUGGUAACAUCAGCAUACAUGGAUUCUCCUAUCUUAGUGAAUAACAGAACUGCUACUGCUACUUUACAAUAUAUAGGCACCAAUACUUCUUCCACCACAACAACUUUAACCGUGCCGCCGCCUACAAAUGCAACCCCUAUUGCAAUUAAAUUUAUGGACUCUCUCAGAAGCUUGAAUUCAAGAAAACAUCCAGCAAAAGUCCCACUGAAAAUUGAUCAUUCUCUUUUUUUCACCAUUAGUCUUGGACUCAACCCUUGUGAAUCAUGUUACAGAGAAUUCCGAAUUGUGGCAGCUAUCAAUAAUGUUACAUUUGUUAUGCCAAGUGUGUCACUACUUAAUGCACAUUUCUUCAAUAAAAGUGGAGUGUUUACUGAUGAUUUCCCUGGAAAUCCAGCAUAUACAUUUGACUACACAGGGAUUCCACCAGAAAACCUGAGGACAAUGGAAGGGACUAGGCUAUAUAGACUUGCUUAUAAUUCUAAUGUCCAAUUAAUAAUGCAAGAUACAGGAUUGUUGAGUCCUGAGAACCAUCCAAUGCAUUUACAUGGCUUCAAUUUCUUUGUGGUUGGAAGAGGCAGAGGAAAUUUUGAUCCAAAGGAAGACCCUAAUAAGUUCAAUCUUGUUGACCCUGUUGAGAGGAACACCAUAAAUGCCCCUUCUGGUGGUUGGGUUGCUAUCAGGUUCACGGCAAAUAAUCCUGGGAUUUGGUUUCUCCAUUGCCAUUUGGAGGUGCACACAACAUGGGGACUGAAGAUGGCUUUUGUGGUUGAUAAUGGAAAUGGCCCUGAAGAAUCUCUUUUACCUCCUCCCAUAGAUCUUCCAACAUGUUAAGAUUUCCUAUCAUUUAUGUGUAUAUAUUUUCAGAGUAAUCCACUGGUAUGAGUUGUUUGAGCAAGCAAAAAGAGCUUCUAUGAGUAAACAGUUUGCUUUUCAAGAAGAAAAUAGGUUAUAAUAUCAUAGGGGACAAGUUUGUAUGAAAGUAAUUUUAUGAUAAUGUUUUAUGAGAAAAGCUGUAAAUUAUAAAUGAGAUAUGUGUUCACCGUGUUCUUUGCUA